UUCUAAGUGGCUCAGCCUCCUCGCUGUGACAUCUCCGUUCUACAGGCUGAGGCGACCCCGGGAACCCUAGAAGGCAGGGAAUGGAGCCAGUGACCUUUGAGGAUGUGGCUGUGAACUUCACCCUGGAGGAGUGGGCUCUACUGGAUCCUUUCCAGAAGAAGCUCUUCAAAGAUGUGAUGCAGGAAACCUUCUGGAAUCUGAUCACUAUAGGAAAACAAUGGAAAAAUCAGGCCAUUGAUGAUCACUACAAUUCCAGGGGAAAUCUAAGAAUUCAAGUGUUAGAGAGAGACUGUGAACAGAAAGAAGAUAGUCAAUGUGGAGAAAUCAUCAGCCACAUCAUAAAUCCUUUUGUAAACAAGAGAAAUUCUUCUGGAGUAAAACCUAGUGAACACCAUGUGUGUGGAGAAGUCACCAUUACUGAUCCAUCCCUAGUUGUGCCCCUGACAUCUCAUGCUGGACACAAAGCACAUGAGUAUCCAGAACAUGGAGAGAAGCCAUAUGAAUAUAAGGAAAAUGGGAAAGCCUUGCAUGAUCCCCAGCAUUUCCAGAAGCAUAAAAGAACUCACACAGGAGAGAAACCCCAUGUGUGCAAGCACUGUGGAAAAGCCUUCAGUUCUUCCAGCUACCUUAAAAUCCAUGAACGAAUUCACAGUGGAGAGAAACCUUAUAAAUGCAAACAAUGUGAGAAAGCCUUUACAUUUCUCAAUUGUCUUCAAAUUCAUGAACGAGUUCACAGUGGAAAGAAACCUUACAUGUGUAAGCAAUGUGGAAAAGCCUUUAGCUCACUCAGCAACGCUAAAGCACACAAACAAAGCCAUAGUGGAGAGAAGCCCUAUGUGUGUAAGCAAUGUGGAAAAGCCUUUAGUUCUUAUGGUUACAUUAAAAAACAUGAACAAAUUCACAGUGGAGAGAAACCUUAUAAAUGCAAACAAUGUGGGAAAACCUUUACAUUUCUCAGUUCUCUUCAAAUUCAUGAACAAAUUCACAGUGGAAAGAAACCCUACAUGUGUAAGCAAUGUGGAAAAGCCUUUAGUUCAUCCAGCCACGCUAAAGUACACAAAUGAACUCACAGUGGAGAGAAACCUUAUAAUUGCAAGCAAUGUGGGAAAGCCUUUACAUUUCUCAGUUCUCUUCAAAGGCAUGAACAAAUUCACAGUGGAAAGAAACUCUAUAUAUGUAAGCAAUGUGGAAAAGCCUUUAGAUCACCCAGCAAUGCUAAAGCACACAAACAAAUCCAUAGUGGAGAGAAACCCUAUGUGUGUAAGCAAUGUGGAAAAGGAUUUAGUUCUUCUAGCUACAUGAAAACACAUGAAGGAAUUCACAGUGGACAGAAAUCAUGCAUUUAUAAACAAUGUGGAAAAGCCUUUAGUUCUUCCACGUAUGUUAAAAUCCAUGAACGAAUUCACAGUGGAGAGAAACCUUAUAAGUGCAAACAAGGUGGUAAAGCCUUUUGUUUUCCUAAUUUGCUUCAAAUUCAUGAACACAUUCACAGUGGAAAGAAGCCCUAUGUGUGUAGGCUAUGUGGAAAAGGCUUUGGUUCUUUUAGCCACAUUAAAACACAUGAAUGAAUUCCCAGUGAAGAGACACCUUAUACAUGUUAACAAUGUAGGAAAGCUUAUCAUUUCCCCAGAUCCCUUCAAAUACAUGAAAUAAAGCACAAUGGAGAGAAAUCCUAUCUAUGUGUACAAUGUGGAAAAGGCUUUUGUUCAUCUAGCCAUGUGAACAAAUUCAGAGUGAAGAGAAGCCCUAUAUAUGUAAACAAGGUGGGAAAGCUUUCAUUCAUUCCUAUUUAGUCAGAAGAUAUAAGUCACCCUGGAGAAAGACUGUGCAAGCAAUGUGGCAAAGCCUGUGGUGACCCCAGCCCCCACAGACAACAACAGAGAAUUCACAGUGACAUGAAAACAUGUAUGUGAGAAGUGUGGGAAGCCUCCAGUCAUUUCUCCACCCUUAAAAUACAUGGAAGAAUGCACACUGGAGAGAAAUCCUGUGUUGCCGGUCCAGCCCCAGUGGGGAUCCAGGGGUCUUGAAGGAGGAGUGGCAUCUGCGAAAGAAGGAGAGACUGGAAGAUAGGUUUCAAGUUACGAGCACCCUCCAGAAGGAUCUGCUGCCCCUAGAGGGGCCCUUAUUUUUACACCUUUUUUGCAAGUGUUUUCUCAGGUAGUUAAUGAAUAGCCUCAAAGCCCAAAACGUCUUUGAUUUACAUAAUUUACAAGAGUUACAAUCUUUUCUGACAGACAUUGAUUACCUAAUGUUGGGGACUGCAAAUCAAGUCAAGAUGGUGCCUGGCAGUUUGCCAGGAAGAGUGGUUUGUGAGGCAAGGCCACCGAGCCAUUAAGUUGGUGGGGAUUCCUUAUUGGCUGACUACUGUAUCUGAAUGAUGCUAAUUGAGUCAAGCUGUGUGUAAUCAGUUGGGUAUAUAAACCUCUGUUGCUUCACAAUAAGCAGUUCCCACUUCAACCUUCAAGUUGCUUGUCACCCCCUGGUUACUUUGCUCAGCUGGACUGCGGCAACCUAAGACAUUGAGUACAUUGUUUAAAAUAUUUUCCUGUAAACCUUUGCCAAUCAUGAUUAAGCUUUUAUGUUUUUACUUCA